CAGCCGCGGCUUGGCGGCGGCGGCGGCAGCGGCUCGGAGGAGAAGCUCUCGGAGGGGCGCGUCGUCGCCGGACGGGCCGGGACGGGCCGGGAAGGAGCGAGGCCGUAGCCGCCGUUAUGGCCGGGGCCGGGGCCGGGCCGCCGCCGCCUCCUCCGCCCCUGCCGCCGCCGGCCGCGCAGAAGGAGCUGGUGUACAAUAAGCUGCUGCCUUACGGCGACAAGCUAGAGGCCGAGGCGGGCCGCCUCCUCCUCCAGAUCAAGCUCAACCUCAGCCGGGCCGUCCAGCUGCAGGAGCUGUGGCCCGGAGGCCUCUUCUGGACGCGGAAGCUCUCCACGUAUCUCCGGCUCUAUGGGAGAAAGUUUAGCAAAGAAGAUCAUGUCCUUUUUAUCAAGCUCAUGUAUGAGCUAGUAACUAUUCCAAAGUUGGAGAUCAGCAUGAUGCAAGGUUUUGCACGUCUUUUGAUAAACCUGUUGAAGAAAAAAGAACUUCUUUCAAGGGAUGACUUAGAAUUACCCUGGAGGCCGCUUUAUGAAAUGUUGGAGCGAAUAUUAUACUCUAAGACUGAACAUCUUGGAUUAAAUUGGUUUCCAAAUUCAUGUCGACCAGGCUUGUCUUCACCUAAAACAUUUGUGCUUAAUGUUUUACAUAGGUGCUCUGUAGAAAGUGUUUUGAAAACCCUUGUGAAAAACUGUCGGCCGUAUUUUUCAGACGAUGCCACAGCAGAGAUGUUAGAUGAAUGGCGGCCAUUAAUGUGUCCCUUUGAUGUUACCAUGCAGAAGGCCAUCACUUAUUUUGAACUGUUUCUGCCUACAACUCUUCCUCCAGAACUCCACCAUAAAGGUUUUAAGCUCUGGAUUGAGGAGUUUCUAGGCCUCUGGGUUUCAGUUCAGAAUCUUCCGCAAUGGGAGGGACAUCUUGUUAAUCUUUUUGCACGCUUGGCAACUGAUAACAUUGGCUAUAUCAGCUGGGAUCCCUAUAUUCCAAAGAUAUUUACCAGGAUACUGCGAAGUUUGAAUCUUCCAGUAGGGAGUAACCAGGUGCUGGUUCCACGAUUUCUGACGAAUGCUUACGACAUAGGACACUCAGUCAUGUGGAUCACAGCCAUGAUGGGUGGACCAAGCAAACUUGUACAGAAACACUUGUCUGGUUUAUUCAAAAGUAUUGCAUCUUUUUACCACCCCUCAAAUAAUGGCCGCUGGUUGAACAAGCUAAUGAAGCUCCUUCAGCGAUUACCCAGUAGUAUUGUGAGAAGAUUGCAUCGUGAGCGUUUUAAGAAGAAUACUUGGCUUACUCCUGUGCCUGAUAGCCAUAAACUUACUGACCAAGACAUAACAGACUUUGUAGAAUGUAUUAUUCAACCUGUGUUGCUGGCGAUGUUCAGCAAAACUGGAAGCUUGGAGGCAGCCCAGGCUCUGCAGAACCUUGCACUAAUGCGUCCUGAGUUGGUAAUCCCACCAGUACUUGAAAAAACAUACCCUGCACUAGAGACAUUAACAGAACCUCAUCAACUCACAGCCACCUUGAGCUGUGUAAUUGGAGUAGCUCGCAGCCUUGUAUCUGGGGGCAAGUUCUUUCCUGAAGGUCCAACACACAUGUUGCCUCUGUUGAUGAGGGCAUUGCCUGGUGUGGAUCCAAAUGACUUUAGCAAAUGCAUGAUCACAUUCCAGUUUAUUGCAACGUUUUCUACUCUAGUGCCUUUAGUAGAUUGUUCAUCUAUACCACAGGAGAGAAAUAAUCUCACAGAGGUGGAGAGAGAAUUGUGCUCUGCUACUGCUGAAUUUGAAGAUUUCGUACUGCAGUUUAUGGACAGAUGUUUUGGGCUCAUAGAGAGCAGCACACUGGAGCAAACGAGAGAAGAGACUGAAACAGAAAAGAUGACUCAUUUAGAGAGCUUAGUGGAAUUAGGCCUGUCUUCUACUUUCAGCACAAUCCUCACACAAUGCUCAAAGGAGAUAUUUAAGGUUGCCUUGGAAAAGGUUUUCAAUUUUGCUGUUUCGAAUAUUUUUGAGACAAGAGUGUCAGGCCGGAUGGUAGCAGACAUGUGCCGAGCUGCUGUGAAAUGCUGUCCUGAAGAGUCCUUGAAGCUCUUUGUGCCCCAUUGCUGCAAUGUAAUCGCACAUCUUACCCUCAAUGAUGAUGUCUUGAAUGAUGAAGAGUUAGAUAAGGAGCUCCUCUGGAACUUACAGCUUUUGUCAGAGAUCACUCGUGUGGAUGGGAAGAAGUUGCUGCCAUACAGGGAGCAGCUUUUGAAGAUCCUGCAGCGAACCCUCCAUUUAACCUGUAAGCAGGGUUACAUUCUGUCUUGUAACCUACUGCACCAUCUUCUUCGUUCUACUACACUUAUCUACCCCACAGAAUACUGCAGUGUGCCAGGUGGCUUUGACAAGCCUCUUUCUGAAUACUUUCCUAUCAAGGACUGGGGUAAACCAGGUGACUUACGGAACCUUGAUAUCCAGUGGCAUGUUCCUUCAGCCGAAGAGAUGGCUUUUUCUUUCAGCUUGCUGGAUUUGUUUCUUCAGCCAGAGCUUGACAAACUGGCACAGUAUACAGAUGGAAAUCUUGAAAUGUCCAGAGAUGAUGUGCAACAGAGUCUUACUAUAGUACACAAUUGCCUGAUUGGAUCGGGGAACAUUCUGCCGCCUCUGAAGGGAGAAAGAGUAGCUCACCUGGUUCCAAGUCUAGUGUCUUUAGAAGAGAUCAGACUUUAUACCGGUGUUGAUUAUGAUUUGUCGAGAGAGAAUUACAGGGAAACAAUCAGCAGGGUCACAAGAAAGCUCCUGCAUUAUAUACUUGACCACUCGGAGGAUGAUACAAAGUCUUUGUUCCUCAUCAUAAAGAUCAUUGGGGACCUUUUACAUUUCCAAGGUUCACACAAGCAUGAAUUUGAUUCACGCUGGAAAAGCUUCAACUUGGUGAAGAAAUCAAUGGAGAACAGGCUUCAAGGGAAGAAACAGCAUAUCAGAGCACUGCUAAUUGACAGAGUUAUGUUGCAGCAUGAGCUAAGAACACUCACGGUUGAAGGCUGUGAAUAUAAAAAUGUGCACCAGGGCUUGAUUAGGGACCUCCUGCGUUUGUCUACAAGUUCAUACGGCCAGGUCAGAAAUAAAGCUCAGCAUGCAUUCUUUGCUGCCCUGGGGACUUACAACUUUUGCUGCAGGGACAUAAUUCCUUUGGUUCUGGAGUUUUUGCGGCCAGAUGGGAACAAUGUCACCCAGCAACAAUUUAAAGGUGCCUUGUACUGCCUUCUUGGAAACCACAGUGGAGUGUGUCUGGCAAAUCUUCAUGACUGGGACUGCAUUGUUCAAACUUGGCCUGCAAUAGUCUCCUCUGGACUUAGCAAAGCAAUGUCUCUGGAAAAACCAUCAAUUGUUAGGCUGUUUGAUGAUCUUGCAGAGAAGAUUCAUCGGCAGUAUGAAACAAUAGGACUCGACUUUACAGUUCCAGAGAAAUGUAUUGAGGUUGCUGUGCUCAUGCAGAAAUCAGGGGAUCUGCAGAAUGGCUGGACAAGCCUCAGUUCAGAGGAGAUUGAGCUGGGGAUUCAACGACAGAAAGAAAGGAAUGCUGAAUCAUCUCAAAACUAUGAAAACUUGGUUAACAAGUUGUUAGAUUGUGUGGAUCAAAGAAAUCUUCCCUGGAAGUUUGAACAUAUUGGCAUUGGUUUUCUGUCCUUACUCUUAAGAGAUGAUAGAGUGCUACCUGCAAGAGCUAUAAAUUUUUUUGUGGAAUGCCUCAACCAUGAUGCAGUAGUGGUUCGUAAGAUGGCAAUCUCAGCUGUCGCUGGCGUCCUCAAGCAGUUGAAGAGGCCCCACAAAAAGGUCUCCAUAUGCCCUUUCCAAAUCAGUGGUGUCCCCCGGCCUUCUGAUAUUCAGGGUGGUGACAGACCUGACAAUCAGUGGCUGCAUUAUGAAAGUGCCAGUUUACCAAAGACUAAACAAGCUUGGGAGGCCUGCCAUUUUGUGGAGAAAACGCACUGGGGUUACUACACUUGGCCUCGAAAUAUGAAAAUCUAUGCUUCUGCAGAAGAACAACCAAAGCUUGGGAGGAGUAGAAAGGAACUUUCGGAGGCAGAACAAAUAAUUUAUGAUCACUUUUCUGAUCCAAAAUUUGUUGAACAGUUAAUUAAGUUUCUUUCUUUAGAAGACAGAAAAGGAAAGGACAAGUUUAAUCCUCGCAGAUUUUGCCUCUUCAAGGGCCUGUUCAGAAAUUUUGACGAUGCCUUUUUGCCUGUAUUGAAACCCCAUUUAGAACGUCUAGCUAUAGAUUCCCAUGAAAGUCCCCAGCGAUGUGUAGCUGAAAUUAUAGCUGGUUUGAUAAGAGGCUCCAAACACUGGACAUUUGAAAAGGUAGAGAACCUCUGGAAGGUUCUGUGUCCACUUCUUAGAACAGCUUUAUCCAACAUUACAGUGGAGACAUACAAUGACUGGGGAACAUGCAUAGCUACAUCUUGUGAGAGCAGGGAUCCCCGGAAACUUCACUGGUUGUUUGAAUUGUUGUUGGAGUCUCCACUGAGUGGUAAAGGAGGGUCAUUCGUCGAUGCAUGUCGUCUGUACGUCCUGCAAGGAGGCCUCGCACAGCAAGAAUGGCGAGUACCAGAGUUGCUGCACAGAUUGUUAAAGUACCUGGAACCAAAACUCACCCAAGUUUACAAAAACGUCAGAGAAAGAAUAGGAAGCGUGUUGACAUACAUCUUCAUGAUAGAUGUUUCUUUACCAAAUACUGCUCCAACAAAGUCUCCCCAUGUUCAUGAGUUCACUUCCCGAAUACUUGAAAAACUGAAACCCCUCAUGGAAGUGGAUGAAGAAAUUCAGAAUCAUGUCAUGGAAGAGAAUGGAGUUGGAGAGGAGGAUGAACGAACUCAGGGCAUUAAACUCUUGAAAACCAUUCUGAAAUGGUUGAUGGCAAGCGCAGGGAGAGCUUUUUCCACUGCUGUCACAGAACAGCUUCAGCUCUUGCCGUUGUUUUUCAAGAUUGCACCUGUAGAAAAUGAUAAUAGCUAUGAUGAACUGAAGAGAGAUGCUAAGAUGUGCUUAUCAUUAAUGUCUCAGGGAUUGUUGUAUCCCCAACAAGUGCCUUUGGUACUUCAGGUGCUAAAACAAACAGCAAAGAGUAGUUCCUGGCAUGCUAGGUACACAGUGCUAACCUACCUCCAGACCAUGGUAUUUUAUAAUCUUUUUAUCUUCCUAAACAACGAAGAAGCAGUACAUGAUAUCAGAUGGUUGAUUAUAAGGCUCCUAGAAGACGAACAACUUGAGGUGAGAGAGAUGGCUGCCACCACCUUGAGCGGGCUGCUCCAGUGCCACUUCCUGGUGAUCGAUACCCCCAUGCAGACCCACUUUGAGCAGCUCUGCAAGAGAAGGCUCCCGAAGAAGAGGAAGUGGGAACUCAGCGCAGUGGUGGAUACCAUUCCCCCCGCAGACUUAGUUAAACGCCAUGCUGGUGUGCUGGGACUUAGUGCGUGCAUUUUGUCUAGCCCUUAUGAUGUACCCACCUGGAUGCCUCAGCUUUUAAUGGACCUUAGUGCGCAUCUGAAUGAUCCUCAGCCUAUUGAGAUGACAGUAAAGAAAACCUUGUCCAAUUUCCGGCGGACCCACCAUGAUAACUGGCAGGCACACAAACAACAGUUCACAGAUGACCAGCUGCUUGUUCUUACUGACCUCUUGGUAUCGCCGUGCUAUUAUGCAUAGUGAGGUUUUGGGGAAGACGAGGGCCUGCUACCCUUUCAGCAAAAAUAAAGGAAACUCAAAACUAAUUUAUUGUGUAUAGAACCAUUUUGGAUUUGGUAACCUAGGCUAUUAAGUCUGGAAACCUUUUUUGAAGUGCAUGCUAGGUCUGUAUGGGGAGAACUAUGAGGAAUGCUACUUUACUGAGGCAAAGGGCUGUAGCAGUGAGACAAAUGUCCGUGUUUGAACAGCCAGAUCAUGUUUUAUUCCUGCCUUUGUGUAAAUACCUUGCAUUAACACAAUGCCCUAUUUUUUCCUUCUCUUGUGCAAUCAUUAAUGCCACAACUUUUCCUAACUUUAUGUACUUCCACCCUUGGACAUCCAUGACAUCAUGGACUUUCAGACACAAGAUCUACAAUGCUGGGUUGCCAAACUCGUCAUCUGAUCUACCUACUAGUGUGUACUUCCAAAACUGCACACCAGUUGCUUGUAAGAGUAGGGCAGAAAUGUUCUCUGUAUUUUUGUUUUAGAUUUCAGCCCGUUUCCAGCUCCCAGGCAAUACCAGGCUAUGCAGAACUUGAGCUGGGCUCCUUUUUAACUCUUAACUCCUGAGUAACUCUCUUUACUCUGUAUUGUUGUCUGGUUGUGUGCAGUAAAGAGAGAGCCUUUCUAUGACCAGGUUUUUCAGUGAUAUUCUUCACCCAGGUACUGAACUUUACCUUUUUGUCUGUCUUGGCAGUCUGAUUUUGUUCAAUACAAUACAGCUGAUAGAUGAAGACCGCUCUUAACUGUUGCUUUAUUUCAAAGAAUGAAGAGUAUGUACAUAUGUUAAUAAAGAGUGGCUGAAGACUUUUUAAAUAAAACACCCCCUGUUUGCUACUCCCACAUCUUGUCAUUCACUCCACUGCUUCAUGCUGGAACAAAUAUUUAACUUGCAUAACAGUACUGUAUCUCCUCCCCACACAACACACCCCUUUUGGUCUGCAACUCUGGUGGAUAAUGACUAGCUAGUUCACCACAUGUUUAAUAUGUGAUACACAGAUGUAAAAGACUGUAUAAAUUGUAGAGGUGCAGCACUGGUAAAGCACUGUACAGUUUGCAGAAGAAUUUACAUAAUCCAUUGGUGAGAUUAACUUGUAAAGAAUCACACUUUUAGGUGCUAAUAUAUAGUGCUUUCAGCUUUUUUAUCUGAUUCAGAUGCCAAUUUCUUCUGGUUUUUAAUCUCUCAUUCCCAUGAAUGAGGUAACUUUAGUUUUGGGCUUGAUUUUCAUUUAUCUUGUUAGUGAGUCUGUUGAUUUUUACAGUAAUUUUUGCUUCUCAGCAUCCUGGGAAGGCCAAGCAGUGGCAUAUACUGAUGUGUGGUAAAUUAUAGAAUGCAAGAAUUCCUCCCAUGUGGGAAGGCAAAUCUGAGAAUUGUGUGUUUUUCAUCUUUCUGCACAUCCUGUGCAUUUUCCUUUGUAAAAACAGGAAUAUGAAACAUUUUUCAAUCACCUGCCUGCUGGGAAACCCUACCAAGUUCUUAAAGCACAGCAGAGUAACCAGUUCCAGUGUCCCCUGAGAGUCAACACACAGUAAUAACACAUGUAUAGCAUAGUGCCAAAAUGCCUCCCCUCUCAGUUGUGUACUUAGUUUAAGGCCGAAUAAAUAAAGUAAUUGUUUGUAAGAUU